AUGGCGGACAAAGUCGAACCCAGACUGCCAUCAGUCAUGCAGAAGACCACGUUCUCUGUAUCGGGGCUCUGCUGUGCUUCAGAAGCUGCUUUAGUUCAUAAGCUGUUGGAACCUCUACAAGGAAUUGAGAAUGUCUCAAUAAAUACGGUGGCAAAGACCGUUAUCGUCCUCCAUGAUCCUACGCAAGUUCCAGCUUCUCAUAUAGUUGAUGCGCUGAAUAAGGCGAAGCUGAAUGCCAACAUCCGAGAGCUUGGAAAAGUUAAAGAGAGAAAGAAGCCAUGGCCAAGCUUGAAUAUAAUAGCUUGUGGAAUGCUACUAAUCAUAGCCAUGUUCAGCUAUAUUUACCAACCAUUAAUUUGGGUCGCAUUGGCAUCUAUUGCUGUUGGAAUUCCGGGCAUGUUGAGACGAUCCAUUGCUGCUAUUCGUCGAUUCGUACUGGAUAUUAAUGUCUUAAUGGUGAUUGCAACUUUCGGAGCAAUUGGGCUCAGAGAUUACCUUGAAGGAGCAUCAAUAGUUUUCCUCUUCACAUUCGCGGAGUGGCUGGAAGAAAUGUCUACAGACAAGGCACGAACUACACUAGAGUCACUUAUAAACUCAGCACCUAGAACGGCAGUUAUUGCAGAAACGGGAGAAGUGGUACCAGUGGAAAAUAUUAGGAUUGAUACAAUUGUUUCAGUUAAAGCUGGUGAACAGGUUCCUGUUGAUGGCGUAAUAGUGUCUGGGGAAAGCUCUAUAGAUGAGAGUAGCUUGACUGGAGAGUUUAUGCCGGUGGAUAAACAGAAAGGUUCAAAUGUAUGGGCUGGAACAGUUGUCCUCACAGGGUUUAUUAAUGUGGCUGCUAAGGCAAUAAAAGAUGAUUCGGCUGUUGCGAGAAUGGUGAAGGUCGUCGAAGAUGCUCAGAAUCAAAGGUCAAACAUAGAAGAAUUCAUAGAGAAGUUUGCAAAAUACUACACACCAGGGGUUUUGUUGAUUGCUGGAGUAAUUGCGAUUGUGCCAUUGGCUUUAAGACUUCAUGAGAUCCACCGGUGGUUGUAUUUGUCUCUCAUACUUGUCGUAGUUGCAUGCCCAUGCGCAUUAGUAAUCUCGACGCCGGUAGCCAAAGUGUGCGGCCUUUCUGCGGCUGCCAAAAUGGGUCUAAUCAUAAAAGGAGGGAGUCACUUGGAAGCAUUGGCAAAAGUGAAAGCAAUGGCAUUUGACAAAACAGGAACACUAACAGAAGGCGCAUUCCAGGUUGUGGAAUUGCAGAAUGUAUACCCACAGGAGGAUAUUUACCACCUGUUAUACUGGAUUUCAAGCCUGGAGAACCUCUCAAGCCACCCCAUGGCAAAAGCUCUAGUAGAAUAUGCGAGGUUACAAGGAAUUGAACCAAGUAAAGAAGUAAAAGAUUUCAAGAUAGUUCCAGGCGAGGGCAUUUCUGGAAAUGUAGAUGGACGAGUUAUUGAAAUCGGGAAUGCAAAGCUAGCCAGCGCCAAACGCUGGCUUACAAAUAGUCAGUUUGAUAUCAAGGAGGAAGGUAUAACAGUUGGUUAUGUGGGGAUGGAUAACCGCUUCAUUGGAUACUUUUGCCUUGGAGAUCAAAUCCGUGAGGAAGCAGCAGAUGCAGUUAAUGAACUACAGAAGCAAGGUAUCCAUGUGACAGUUCUAACUGGUGAUUCGAAAGCGGCGGCAAGAAUAAUCCAACAGCAGAUCGGGGAGAAUAUCGAAGUCAAAGCGAGCUUAUCGCCAGAAGGAAAGAUGAAGAAAAUCGCAGAGCUCAGAGAGAGGUGGGGCCUAACCGCAAUGGUCGGGGACGGGAUCAACGAUGCACCGGCACUGGCGACAAGCGAUGUAGGCAUCGCCAUGGGGGUCGCAGGGUCUGCAGUAGCGACCGAAACUGCUGACGUGGCACUCAUGUCGAACGACCUACGUAAGAUACCAGAAGCCGUAAAAUUAGCAAGGAGCUCUCUCGGCAAGGUCUACCAGAAUGUGGCAUUGUCCUUAAUUGUGAAAAUAAUAUUCUUUGCAUUGGCCUUCGGAGGCGUCGCGUCCCUCUGGGCAGCUGUUGUUGCGGAUAUGGGCACGUCAUUGGCGGUCAUUUUCAACAGCAUGCUACUGCUUAGGCCGAAUGCAAAGACAAUAAAAACAGCUUCUGAAACAAGUAGUCAAAAGACGAGUUGCAUUGGUGCUGCUAGUUCGAGCUCGGCGAUGAAAGACGAAGUGCGGCUAGAUUUGGAUGUUUUGCGUGAACCACUACUACCGAAAAAGGAAAGAGCGGAGAAUGAGGGAUCGAGUUCAUGUCGCAAGGGUUGCUGCGGAGGAACAACAUCUGAGGCAACCAGCUAA